AUGUCUAUUAGUUUUAUUGGACACGUGACUGUGUAUCCAAUAGUCCAUGCUAUUGGACUUAUGAUCCGACUUUUAUUUCUUCCCUUGCUACCUCUCCGACUUGUUUUAUCUAAUCCCUGGGUCAUAGAGUUCAUUACUUAUACGGCAGAUUUCCUAGGAGUUGCCACCAUACUAGGAGUUGGGUUGGGGUACUCACAUUAUCGAAUGAUUCUGAUCAUUAACUAUUUGAUUGAGAUCACCGAAGAACCUAAGCAAAAGUUCCCUUCUCAGCAGAUCAAAGUUCAUCCUCCAAAACUUCAAAUAGACACCACCAAGACCAAAAAUAAUGAUAGUAACGUGCCCCCUGUGAACGAACAAUUUCUCAGUCCAACACCCGCUGGUGGGUCAGGAGUUGCAGUGAAGUCGGGGAAAACUGCCGGUGCAAGCAGCAUGAAGGCUACUGUUAAACAGCAACCCUCCACUAAUAUAACAGCUGCAACGCCUUCAGCAACAGCACAACAAUCUACAUCAGUGUCAGAUGGACUGGAAUCAACUACUACUAGAAAGAAGCAUUAUGUUUCUUCUUCGCCUACAGCACUACAUCAUCAUCUGCAUUCGUUUCAUAAUCCAGUUGUUAUGUCCCCUUCAUCGCCUCCUCCACCGGCUUCGGAUGAAGAACUUAUCAAUCGAAUAAGUGGAAUCAAAGCACCACAUUUCAAUCCGAAUGCUGUUGUCAGUCCUGAAAUAAGCUCCCACGAUUACGAAAUAGAGCCCUUAGAGCAAUUGGUUGAGGAGAAUGAACCCGGGGAGACAGAAAUAAAUACCACCGCAUCAUUCAAGGAGACAGACGAAUCAGAAAUACUGCCCACUGGUAGAAGAAGUAGUGUUGGAAAUUUAGAAAGCAUUCACGAAGAGGAAGAAGGAGAAGAUGACCAUAAUAAGAAUAGCCUAUUGCUAUCAGAGUUGGAAGGGAUUUCUCCCAGAACAAGUACAAGAAGACGUCACAGUUCGCUGUUUGAGGAUAGCAUUGGGGAGUUGGUGAUUAAUGACUUGGGACAGGAUAGUGUAAGUAAUAGUGGGGCUAGUGGUAGUGAAGUUUCGGAUGAAAUCUUCAGUCUUAACAGACACCACACCACGGUUAAUACGGAACAGAUGCCAUCCGAAGCACAUUUGAGCAAGGAUCUCCAGAAGUAUAAAGAUCAAAUUAGCUAA